AUGGAUCGGAGUGUGCCCGGUCGGGUUGGAACGAUCGCACCCACAUUGGAUGUGCCGGCUGCCCCCAUGCCGGAUCCCGCGUUUCUGCGCGAUGAUCUGCCGCUGCCUGAAGUGUCGGAACCCGAAGUGGUGCAGUACUUCACCACGCUGAGUCAACUGAACUUCAGCAUCGACACCCAUUUCUACCCGCUCGGUUCGUGCACGAUGAAGUACAACCCGAAGAUCAAUGACGAUAUGGCGUUUCUGGCCGGAUUUGCCGGCAUUCAUCCCCUGCAACCUACCGCCCAGGCCCAGGGAGCGUUGGAAUUGCUCUACCGGCUCCAGGAUUGGCUGGCGGAAAUAACCGGAAUGGCCAACACCAGCCUGGCCACUCUGGCCGGCGCCCACGGCGAAUUGGCCGGCGUAUUGAUGAUGCGCGCAUACCACCUGGCACGCGGCGACGCUGGCCGCACCAAAAUGGCCAUACCCGACAGCGCCCACGGCACCAACCCGGCAUCGGCGGCAAUGGCUGGAUUUGAAGUGGUGACCCUACCCUCUGACGCCGACGGCAACACCGACCUGGUUGCGUUGCGCGGGCUGUUGGGCGACGACCUUGCCGGCGUUAUGAUCACCCUGCCCAGCACCUUGGGGUUGUUCGACACCAAUAUCCUGGAAGUGUGCCGGUUGGUCCACGAUUGCGGAGGGCUGGUGUACGGCGACGGCGCCAACAUGAACGCCCUGCUGGGACGCGCCAAGCUUGGCGCGUUGGGCUUUGACGUUUGCCAUCUCAACCUUCACAAGACAUUCAGCACCCCGCACGGCGGUGGCGGGCCCGGUGCGGGUCCGGUGUGCUGUGGCGACAAUCUGGCUCAAUAUCUUGCCGCGCCGAUUGUCAUCCGUACUGACGGCGGGGAUUACGAAUUCAGCGAACCAGCUGGAAGCAUCGGAAAGAUAAGCAGUUUCCACGGCAAUUUCGGCGUGUUGGUACGUGCCUACACGUAUAUCCGAACGCUGGGCGCCGAUGGCCUGAGAUCCAUCAGCGGCAACGCGGUGCUGAAUGCCAAUUAUUUGAUGCACUCUUUGAAGGACAUCUACUCACUACCAUACGAUCGCACGUGCAUGCACGAGGUAGUGUUCUCCGCGGACUGGCAGCGCGAACGAGGUGUCAGUGGACUCGAGGUCGCCAAACGGCUACUGGAUUACGGGUUUCAUGCCCCCACGAUGUAUUUCCCGCUCAUAGUCCACGAAGCGUUGAUGAUUGAGCCCACCGAGUCAGAAAACAAAGACACGCUGGACGCAUUCAUCGGCGCCUUGCGGGCCAUCGACGCCGAGGCCACAUCGAACCCGGAGCUGGUGCAGAAUGCGCCGCACACCACGCCGGUCGCCCGCCUGGAUGAAGCCACGGCGGCGAGACGACCGGUAUUGAGGUGGGAACCCGAAGCAGCUGAUUAA